GUGGGAUUCGGGGCACACACAGAGGCAAUGCCAUCGCUAUUAUUAGGGACAGAUAGGCACUACAAUGGGUAACUCUAGGAUGGGUGACCUGCUCUCCGCACCAACGGCUAGGUAUAGAGUCUUACUGGCCCUGCUGUGUGAAGGACCGAGAAAGCAAAUCACAUCGUGAUAUGCUCUCCCCAUCACUACAGCGUUUCACUUCCUCCUGCAUAUUAUAGCACAGUUCUGUUGCGAUCCGGGGCUAUAGUACACUAUACUAGAUCAUACUACACCCUAUAUACUAUACAUAUACGUUCCGCAGGUGCCCGCGCUGUGCUUCAGUGUCUCUCUCUUCUCUCCUUUGCGACGUCAAACCUGUCCCUCGACUACCUAUAGCGAGCUUAUUUUUCCUUAUCGUCUUCGCAUCUCAUAUACCCCCUUGGUUUAGACACGGAGAGAGAAAUAAAAGAGAUUAGUUAAGGCCGGCAACGGCAAAGAGAUACCAAAAGCGCAUUUUUCUGCAAUUUUCCCAUUUUAUAAUUAUCCAAAAUGAAUACCUCGCAAUCGCUCAGGAUAAGCGAGCGAUCGCAAAGAGAAAUGCGCCAAAAGAGUCACUUACAUGAUCCCUUCUUCGGUCUAAAAGGGCUCGACCCACGCCCGACUUCGGUAGCAACCGAGAUUGUAGAUACCGAUUGGGAUGAAGAGGAGGAUAUUGUCAGCGAGAUAGAAGAUGAUGACCCAGACUCACCACGAAUAAGCUUGAAUUCGUCUGGUCAACCGAGUGUAACAACUCUCUCGUCAUACGAUGAAGCGCAAACACCCAGGUCGAGCAGGGCUCGCGAGGUGUACCCGUUUGACCUUCAUAGGAAGCCCGUCGAGGGACCUAGAGGCCCGCAUCUAUUCCGAGCCUCCAUGACGUCGUCGUUUAACUCCUUUGAAUACCAAUCCACACUCACUCUUUCGCCGGUAACUCCGAAGACGGCAAAGCCGUUCGAGGCGGACCAUCGGCUUCCUCUCACUUACGAACCGACACUACCACCUCGUAACCGGAGUAGUCCGUUCCAAUUCACGCACGAGAAGCUAGACCCAGGCGAUUUGAAUGUCUGGUCGCCGGAGAAGGUGGCGCAAUGGAUGCUCAAUGCUGGCGUUGAAAUUCCGAUCGCCGAGAAGUUCGUCGAGAACGACAUCAACGGAGCUAUCUUAAUAACGUUGAAGUUCGAGGAUCUAAAAGAACUCAACAUCCAGUCCUUCGGAGUACGGACGAAGGUGUGGGAGGAAAUCCACACACUGCGAGACCAUAAAGUGUCAGAACCAUCACCGAGACCAGAAACCCCGAUAGAAGAUGUCGAAAGCAAGGAAGUAAGAAGGGAACGAAGAAGGGAGCGGAAUGAAGGGGAAGAAGGUGGUGCGAGGGAACGCAGCCGAAGUGUCAAGCGUUCUAAGAGCUUGAAGCGAUCCCAAAGCAAAAAGCCUGCGCACGAAGACAUCAUCUCACCUUUGGAGUCCGUAUCCAUUGUCGGCAUCGAGCAAAUGAUGCCAAAGCCACACCACUGCUCCAAAGGCGAAAACUGUUCCAAGUAUAGGAGACAACAACGGAUGAUCGAAGCAUUCAAGAAGGAUCACCCGUUCGUCGACGUUGAACAAGGCGGCAUCAUCAUGCUGGCCGGAGAUCCAGGAAAUCCAGAAACUGCACCGGCAAUCAAUCGCCCAUCAUCCACUGAAGCACUGCGGCCAAUGUCUGAUGCAGUGCCCUCGGUGGUCGCCUCGUCGGACGUCCUCGGCCCCGGGAUGCCCCCUUUCCAGUAUCUGCAGGAAGCCGCCUUACGCAAUCUUCAGACACGAGAUCCCCAAGACAACGUGCGUCAAUUCCUCGACUUCCAGCACCAGGACUGCGACAUUGGAUCCAGUGAAGUUCCCCCGACUCCUCCCUUUGAGAUCUUACCUGCUGCCGCCGCUGGUGUUCCAUCAUCAAGGACUCCCCAUGAAGGUCUUCGCUCUCUGCCCAAAUUAGCCAUUCCGGGUCAACAGCAACAGCACCAGGCACAGCACCGUCAAUCGCACCAACAACAUAUCCGUGCUGCAUCCAACCAAACCCCACAGCCCUCGCAUCAGCAAUACCCGCAGCGCAUGGACCGUGCCGAAGCUCUAUCUCCGGAUCUACACAACGCACCCUACCGCUUCGGCACACCCUUCUCGGACAUGGACGUACCUUUAACCGCCGUCCCUCUCGGCCCUGUAGCAAGAGAUGCCUCACAGUCCGUACCUCCGGACAUGAACUACCGCGCGGGUCCAUCCGUCGUCGUAGCCCAAGGACCCCGCUCCCAAUCCCGCGCUUCACGUCGUCCAUCCUUCCAAGUCAUGGCUCCCCUCGAGGAAGACGCAGACAUGAUAACCACACCCAUCGCUCGCAUAGCAAACACCAACGGGCGAUACCCCGGGUCUUCCAUAUCCCCGAAAACCUCCUCACCACCCAAAGUCCCCUCCCGCGCCCCACAACCGCUCCAAGCACCACCACGAACCCAGUACCCAUGGUCACCACCCCUAACCUCCUCCCGCGCAGCCUUCGAGCGCACAACCCUACCCCAAAACCAGGCUGCCUACUCCCCUCCCACCGUCAAAGACGCGGAAGGCGUAACCUACGCCGGUCCAGUCAAGAAGCGUAAAACCCGCAUGCUGCGCCAUGAAUGGCACGACCAAUACGCAACCCUAAAAGGCACACGCUUAGCACUCCACCGCGACGGCGCAGAAGCCGCGCGCAAGUCCUCCCGCGCCUUAGAAUAUAUCGAUAUCGACGACUACGCCAUCGCAUGUUCAUCCCUAUCCACCGGGUCCAAACUCAACGCCGCGUUUAAAGCGAUGAGUAUAGUACGCUCCAAAAACAGUUCCCACUCGCGUAACUCGUCUUCGCCCGGUGCUGGGGAUAUGGAUAGUAUCGCGGCGUUUAGUUUCCAAUUAAUCCCGCAGAGCGAUGUGAGCAAAGGUGGGAGACUGCGGAAGAGGGAGAGUCAGAGUAUUGGGUCGGGACCGUUGAUGGGUCCUGGUGCUAUUACUUACCCCCCGCCGCUGGAGGGCGCGGUGAAUGGGACGGGGAAGACGCAUCAUUUUGCGGUCAGGAGUCGUGAUGAGAGGAUUGAUUGGAUGAGGGAGUUGAUGCUGGCUAAGGCGUUGAAGCAGAAGGGUGAGGGGUUUGAGGUUAGUGUUAACGGCAAUAUGAUAUAAUGACGAUGUGAUGGAGUAGUAGGUGGUGGAUUGGGGUGGACUGACUGACUUUAUUGUCUUUUGUCGUAUCUUGACUUUCACGAUUUUCUUUUUGGUUGCGGCUUGAAUGCCUGCUAUAUUAUACCUACCGACUUCGCUUGGGCAUAUGGCGAUGUCCUACGAGCUAGUCACUCUUCUCGUCGCUUGCUACUUGCCUAGUAGGUUUAUAGGCUUGUUUUGGCGUCUUUGGGCAGUUGGGGGUUGAUGACGAUUAUGACGAUGGGAAUGUUAACGAUAGUUGAUGUUAAUUGCAAUGUUGGCUACUUAUAUCGAGGGGCCACGACGGCAAGGGAGUGAUGGAAAUGAUAUCCAGGUCAAGCGAGCAGACUAUGUGACUUCUGAUUCUUCGUCUUCCUUUACCUUUGCUGCGAUUAGCGAAGCCAAUUUUUUAUUUUAUUUCAAAGAUGGAUAUAGGGACAAAUGGAUUGAAUAGGACAUUUCCGCUUUUUAUAUCUUGGUCAACAAAUAUUGGCAGUGAUGGGCGUAUAAGAUACCGACAUAAUACGUUCCUUAUAUGUUAUAUAUGCUAGGAUCCUGGUAGAAUUAGUCCCAAAAACUUGGUAAAGGGAAGAUUGAUUUAAAAAUAUAACCUGGUUGAUUGUUAA